AUGGUCAAGCUCACCGAGGUCGAAGACGAGCACUUCACCACCGAAAAGCCCAUCCCAACCAAGGAAGCACUCCUCGUGUCUGAUAACGAAGAAGACGAUGACUUCACCGAUACCGAAUCCGAAAUCUCCGAAACAGACUCAGCCUACGACCCCAUCAACGAAACCCUGUACGACCGCAUCAUCGCCCUCAAGGACAUCAUCCCUCCUCAAUCCCGCCGCCGCAUCACCGCCACUAUUAACGGGUUGACCGACGCCACAAAAUCUACUUUCUCAUUCAGCGGAAAAGCGCUCUGGGUGAUUUCGACGUCCGCCUUCCUUUUGGGUGUCCCCUGGGCGCUGGCUUUUGCGGAGGAGGAGCAGUACGUUCAGAUGGAGAGGGAGCAGGGAAUGAUGAGGGGUGCUAAUGAGAUGCUUACUCCCGGUGCAAAUGCUGCUGGCGCCGCGCUCAGCGCUGCUGGUACCGAACAGCCAAAGGCUGCUCUAUAA